AUGUCUUCAUUGAGUGACCAAUUAGCUCAAGUUGCUUCCAACAAUGCUACAGUUGCGUUGGAUAGAAAGAGAAGACAAAAACUUCAUUCUGCUUCUUUGAUUUAUAACUCGAAGACAGCUGCAACACAGGAUUACGAUUUCAUUUUUGAAAAUGCUAGUAAAGCCCUUGAAGAAUUGAGUCAAAUUGAACCAAAGUUUAACAUAUUCUCAAGAACUCUAUUCUCAGAGUCUUCUAUUUCUCUUGAUAGAAAUAUCCAAACAAAAGAAGAAAUAAGAGAUUUGGAUAAUGCAAUUAAUGCAUAUUUGCUAUUGGCUUCUUCCAAAUGGUAUUUGGCGCCUACUUUGCAUGCAACCGAAUGGCUAGUUCGCCGUUUUCAAAUUCAUGUUAAAAACACGGAGAUGCUGCUUUUGUCCACUCUCAAUUACUACCAAACGCCUGUUUUUAAAAGAAUUCUCAGCAUUGUCAAACUUCCACCUUUGUUUAACUGCUUAUCCAACUUUGUUAGAAGUGAAAAUGCCCCAACAGGCUUAACUAUGGUAAAAUUAUUCAACGACAUGGAUUUUUUGAAACUUUACACUAAUUACCUAGACCAAUGUAUUAAGCACAAUGCAACUUAUACUAAUCAGCUUUUAUUUACGACAUGCUGCUUUAUCAACGUUAUUGCUUUCAAUUCAAACAAUGAUGAAAAACUAAAUCAGCUUGUUCCAAUAUUACUUGAAAUCUCUGCUAAACUUUUGGCUUCUAAAUCAAAGGAUUGUCAAAUAGCUGCACAUACAAUAUUAGUUGUGUUUGCCACCGCCUUGCCUUUAAAGAAACCAAUUAUUUUAGCUGCCAUGGAGACCAUCCUUUCCAAUUUAGAUACUAAAGAAGCGAAACAUUCAGCCCUCAUCACAAUUUGCAAGCUUUUCCAAACACUAAGAGGGAAAGGUAACGUCGAUCAGCUACCUCCCAAAAUUUUCAAAAUAUUUGAUAGCAGGUUCGAUACGUCGUCUGUCUUGGCCUUCUUAGAUAAAGAAGAUAGUACAAUGUGUGAUAAAUUCAUCACUUCCUUUACUAGAUCCAUAGCAAAGUAUGACCAAUCCAAGUUAAACAUUAUUCUCAGCUUAUUGAAAAAAACAAAGUUAGAAAGAUAUGAAGUUAGAUUAAUUAUUAUUGAUUUAAUCCAUCUUUCGGAAAGUUUAGAAGAUAAGUCACAAUUGGUAGAGCUGUUUGAAUAUUUUACAUCUAUCAAUGAAGAUUUGGUACUCAAAUGUUUAAGAUCAUUAGGACUGACAGGCGAACUCUUCGAAAUCAGGUUGACCACAUCUUUAUUUACCAAUACAGAUGCUAACGCUGACAUUAUGAAGCAAUUAAGCGACCCCGUGGUGACUUCUAAAAAGGACGCGGUUUCAUUCAAAGUAUUCUUGGAAAAACAUUCAGAGUUUAUCAAUACAACAAACAUGUCUAUGCUAGCAGAACCUGGAGAAAGGUACAAAAAACUUCUGUCCUUAUUUACUGAAGCUAUUAGUAAAGGGUAUCAAGCAAGUUCAUUUUUGGCUUCUUUUUUCACUACUUUAGAAUCAAGAAUAACUUUCCUACUAAGAGUAACCAUAUCUCCAGCGGCUCCAACCGCGCUAAAGCUAAUAUCGCUGAACAAUAUAUCAAAGUAUAUUAACAGUAUUGAACAGGAAGCUAAUAUUUUCACGUUAGUUCCUUGUCUGAUCUGUGCUUUACGGGAUGCCUCCAUAAAAGUCAGAACUGGAGUGAAAAAAAUUCUUUCCCUGAUAGCCAAAAGACCAUCCACAAAGCACUAUUUUUUAUCUGAUAAACUUUAUGGAGAAAACAUUACCAUUCCUAUGUUAAAUCCCAAGGAUAGUGAAGCCUGGUUAAGAGAAUUUUUGAACGAGUACGUUACUGAAAAUUAUGACAUAUCUAGAAUAUUUACACCAAAGAAAAAUGAGAAGGUCUUCAUAUUGUUUUGGGCCAAUCAAGCCUUGCUGAUACCUUCCCCAUAUGCCAAGACAGUGUUGUUGAAUAAUCUAAACAGAGGCCCAGUUUUUGCAUCUUCCUAUUCUUCUUUGUUUGAAGACUUUAUUUCCCAUUACUUGGAAAACAGAUCUAGUUGGAAAGCAAGCUGUAUUGCUAAUAAAGCAAAUUUUGAGCAUUUCGAGCGCUCGAUAGUAAAUUUAGUAUCACCAAAGGAGAAACAACCAUUCAUGAUUGAUUUUGUGCUCAAUGCACUUAACUCGGAUUAUGAGCAGUUAGCUAAUUUAGCUGCUGAAAGGCUUAUUAGCAUAUUUGCUUCAUUGAACAAUUCUCAAAAACUGAAAAUCGUUCAAAAUAUGGUAGACUCUUCUAGUAAUGUAGAACUAUCGUACGAUACAGUCGGUGUAUUGCAGUCAUUACCACUUGAUUCUGAGAUUUUUGUAUCCAUACUAAACCAAAACAGCAUCGGCAAUGAAAUGGACCAAGAAGAAUUCUCGAAAAGAAGGAGAAGGCGCUCAUCAACUAGCAAAAGCGCAUUUUUGAAGGAGGAGGUUUCGCAAUUGGCGGAAUUGCAUUUGAGAAAAUUAACAAUUAUUCUGGAAGCACUAGAUAAAAACAAAACUGUUGGAUCUGAAAAGCUUCUAUCCACUCUACUUUCAUUAUUAUCAGAUUUGGAAACUCUUGAUCAGGAUGGUGGAUUACCAGUUUUAUAUGCCCAAGAAACUUUAAUUUCUUGUAUGGUGAACACAAUCACAUACUUAAAGGAACAUGGGUGUACAGAACUGGCUAACGUAAGGGCAGAUAUACUGGUGUCCGCAAUUAGAAAUUCCGCUUCUCCUCAAGUCCAAAACAAACUAUUACUUGUAAUUGGGUCUCUUGCCACCUUGAGCUCGGAAGUCAUUCUACACUCUGUGAUGCCUAUCUUUACUUUCAUGGGAGCCCAUAGCAUUCGUCAAGAUGAUGAAUUUACUACUAAAGUUGUCGAGCGUACCAUAUUAACUGUUGUUCCGGCCUUGGUUAAAAACAGUAAAGAAAACGAAAAGGAAGAAAUGGAGUUCCUUUUGUUAAGUUUCACAACGGCUUUACAACACGUUCCAAGACACAGGAGGGUCAAAUUGUUUUCUACUUUAAUCAAAACACUUUGUCCAGUCAAAUCGUUGGGUUCCUUCCUUUUCUUAAUUGCGCAACAGUAUUCUUCAGCUUUGGUCAGCUUUAAAAUUAGCGACGCAAGAGCAUUAAUUGAAUUUAUUAAGGCUUUACUUGUUGAACUACAUGUCAGUGAACAGUUAUUCGGUUUGAACGAUUUCCUCGAUAUUAUCAAAUUAUUGACACUGUCAAUGAAAUCUUCAGAAAAGAAGAAAUCAUUAGAGUCUCGUGUUUUGUUUUCUAAUGGUAUUUUGAAUUUUUCUGAAGGUGAAUUUUUGGCAUUCAUCAAUAAUGCUUUUGAAUUUAUCAAUAGAAUAACAGAGGAAACAGAUCAAGAUUAUUAUGAUGUAAGGAAAAACUUAAGAUUAAAGGUUUACUCUGUUCUUCUGGAUGAAACAAGUGAUGAGAAGCUAAUUAUGAAAAUCAGGGACGAAUUUGGAACUCUUUUAGAAAAUGUUCUUUUUUUUAUCAAUUCCGUAGAAUUAACCUUUUCAUCCAUAACUUCUCAAGAAGACGAGGAAGUCUCCGACUCUGAUACAUCAUUCUCAGAUCAUACUAGUGAAAUAAAGGAGAUUUUGUUCAAGGUACUUGGCAAUGUAUUGAAUAUUUUACCAGUUGACGAGUUUGUUAACGCGGCACUGCCCUUACUCAGUACAUCCAGCAAUGAAGAUAUCAGAUACCACUUGACUUUGGUAAUUGGAUCCAAGUUUGAAUUGGAAGGCUCGGAGGCCAUUCCUAUUGUAAACAAUGUAUUCAAGGCCUUGCUCGGCAGGAUACCUUUAGAGUCUAAAUCCGUUGCUAUUUCUCAGGUAAUAUUGAACACAAUGACGGCUUUGAUAAGCAAAUUUGGCGGUAAGCUUGAUGGCUCUAUACUAAGUCAAGCGCUCACCUUAGCUACUGAAAAGAUCAGUUCCGAUAUGACGGAAGUCAAGAUAUCCUCGCUGGCAUUGAUAACUAAUUGUGUACAAGUAUUGGGCGUCAAAUCAAUUGCAUUUUACCCAAAGAUAGUUCCUCCUUCUAUCAAAAUAUUCGAUGGUUCUUUAGAAGAUAAUAGUAACCCGCUAAAGGAGCAGUUGCAAGUUGCUAUACUGCUAUUGUUUGCAGGUCUAAUUAAAAGUAUUCCAAGCUUUUUGAUGUCAAAUAUCUUAGACGUUUUGCAUAUUAUUUAUUUUUCCCGUGAAGUUGACAGUAGCAUUAGGAUAUCGGUGAUCUCACUCAUUAUAGAAAAUAUUGAUUUGAAAGAAGUUUUGAAGGUCUUAUUUAAAAUAUGGUCCACUGAAAUAGCAACAUCGAAUGAUACAGUCGCCGUCAGUUUAUUUUUGAGUACAUUAGAAUCUACUGUUGAGAAUAUUGAUAAGAAGUCUGCGACGUCACAGUCACCUGUAUUUUUCAAGUUAUUACUCUCUUUAUUCGAAUUUAGGUCGAUUUCCAGUUUCGAUAAUAAUACAAUUAGUAGGAUAGAGGCAUCUGUCCAUGAAAUUGCGAACGCAUAUGUCUUAAAGAUGAAUGACAAAGUAUUUAGACCGCUAUUUGUUCUAUUGGUAAGAUGGGCGUUUGAUGGUGAAGGCGUUACAAAUGCCGGUAUAACUGAAGCAGAAAGGCUGUUGGCAUUCUUCAAGUUUUUCAAUAAGCUGCAAGAGAACUUAAGAGGUAUUAUUACCUCCUACUUCACUUACUUGUUAGAACCUACUGAUAUACUACUGAAGAGAUUCGUUGCCAAGGAUAUAGAAAAUGUAAACCUGAGACGUUUAGUAAUCAACUCUUUAACCUCUUCACUGAAGUUUGACAGGGAUGAAUAUUGGAAAUCAACGUCCAGAUUCGAGUUAAUUUCUGUAUCCUUGGUCAACCAAUUGUCCAAUAUUGAAAACCCCAUUGGAAAAUAUUUGGUGAAAGCAAUUGGGGCUCUAGCUUCUAAUAACAGUGGCGUUGAUGAACAUAACCAAAUUUUGAAUAAGUUGAUUGUUGAACACAUGAAAGCUUCCUGUUCUUCGAAUGAAAAACUAUGGGCUGUUAGGGUUAUGAAAUUGAUAUACUCUAAAAUAGGUGAAAGCUGGUUAGUUCUUCUGCCACAACUUGUUCCCGUAAUUGCCGAGUUAUUGGAAGAUGAUGAUGAAGAAAUUGAACGUGAAGUUAGAACUGGUUUGGUUAAGGUUGUCGAAAAUGUUCUAGGUGAACCUUUUGAUAGAUAUUUGGACUAG